AUGGCUCCUUGGGAGAAUUUUGACCAAGUCUUCUCUUUCAAUAAGAAAUACGCAUAUGAACCAAAGGUCUUUGACCAGAUUCUCGCCAAUCGGCGCUCACUCGAUAAGCUCUUCGCCGAUCGACUGUUAGAGCUCUUUGGCAUCCAAGGAGUGACCAAGGUCUAUCCUCCAAAGACGAAUGCAGACCUCCGAGCACUUUUCAACCACAUUGUCCCAUCUGAACUUGAUAUCCAUCACAAACAAUCCUUGAUCUAUUACAUCCUCAAGGACUGUCGCACUGCUCCAGAAGCUUCAGCUCAAUUUGCGCAACAAUGUUAUCUUCCGGAAAAGUACCGUCUUUUCAUUGAUGGACUUUGGAAUCUGGAUCGACUUGAUUUCAGGCGCGCAGUCGAAUUUUUAGCAGAUCCCUCUCUUAUUCCUACAUUCCCGGACGAGAUCCUCCAUGUCUUAACCCUCACCAAACUCCCAAAGCACGAUGAUAGUCUUGCAAUCGCAUACUAUCUCACCGCGGCACCUCCUCUUGCAACUGUCAAGGUUCGCAGGGCUUUCUUUGAAACUCUCACCCGCGCCAACGUCACCGAAGCAUUCUACUUUACGCGCAAGUAUGACGAAGAUCUUCGUCGGGACUUUUUCGAGCAAUUGGUGGAGUUUGUGCACAAGGCUAGCCCUGGCCAAAACAGAAGUAGGCGCGCAAUGGAGCUUGUUGGUCUUCCACUUGAUGAAGACGAAGAACAGUGGUUUGAGUCUGUUUUGCUACACGGCAAUGCCAGUACCCUGCCUGGAUCCAAAGAUACCGUGAUGAUGCGACGCCUAGCAACUGGCCGACUUGGGGAAAUUACACCAGAGCUCGAAUCACUGGGUGGCAAGAAGGUUGACGGUUUGAACUGGGAUGACCUCCGGGCGAGCAUACGACACAACUAG